AUGAGGUUUGUCCUCCUGGCAUGCCUCUGGGCUUCCCUCACAGGAGUCCUGCUGGCAGAUGUAGACACAACCAAACUCGAGAUCCGUCUGGUGGAUGGCCCAAACCGCUGCUCUGGGAGAGUCGAGGUGCUUCACAAGGAUACCUGGGGGACUGUGUGUGAUGAUGGCUGGGAUUUACGAGAGGCCAGGGUGGUGUGCAGGCAUCUGGGCUGCGGAACAGCACUGUCAGCCCCCCACGAGUCAAAAUAUGGAGAAGGGAAGGGCCAGAUCUGGCUGAGUGACAUGAACUGCAAAGGGACAGAAGGGUCCCUUACUGAAUGCAAGGCAAAACCAUGGGGAGAGAACACCUGCAACCAUGUGGAAGAUGCCAGCGUGGAGUGCUCAGGAACUGACAUACCUGAGCCAGGGCCUGUUCGUCUGGUGGGAGGCCCAGACCGAUGUGCUGGGAGAGUUGAGGUGCUUCAUGAAGAGCAGUGGGGCAGCGUGUGCCAUGAUGACUGGGACAUAAAAGAUGCCCAAGUUGUGUGCAAACAGCUGGGUUGUGGGGAUGCAGUGCUGGCCCCCAUUGGAGCCAAAUUUGGACGAGGCUUUGACACCAUCUGGCUGGAUGAUGUGAACUGCACGGGGGUAGAAGCUGAUCUCUCUGAAUGUCAGGCGAGGCCAUGGGGGGAUCACAACUGUUACCAUGGGGAAGAUGCCAGUGCAAUCUGUUCAGAAUCAGGGAUUACCAUCUCCACCUCAGUCCGCCUGGUGGAUGGCCCAAACCGCUGCACUGGGAGAGUCGAGGUUCUUCACAAUGAUGCCUGGGGGACUGUGUGUGACGAUGGCUGGGAUUUAAGGGAAGCAAAGGUUGUGUGCAAGCAGCUGGGCUGUGGGACAGCACUAUCAGCCCUCCCAGAGUCAAAAUAUGGAGAAGGGAAGGGCCAAAUAUGGCUGAGUGAUGUGAACUGCACAGGAACAGAAGGGUCUCUCACUGAAUGUGAAUCCAAGCCAUGGGGAGAGAACAUCUGCAACCACGUGGAAGAUGCCAGCGUGGUGUGCUCAGAGGUAGAUGUUCCUGAGACAGGGCCAAUCCGGCUUGUGGAUGGCCCAAACAAGUGUGCUGGAAGAGUUGAGGUACUCCAUGAGAAUCGGUGGGGCAGCGUGUGUGAUGACCACUGGGACAUGGAGGAUGCCAAGGUGGUGUGCAAGCAGGUGGGCUGCGGGUCACCACUGUCAGCCCUGGGAGGUGCCCGCUACGGCCGAGGGCCGGACGUCAUCUGGCUGGACGAUGUGAACUGCAUGGGGACAGAAGAAAGCAUCUUUGACUGUCAGGCCAGGCCAUGGGGUGAACACGACUGCUAUCAUGGAGAGGAUGCUGAUGUUGUCUGUGCAGUUAACAAGAAUCUGGAGGAGCUGGAAACAUCGUGA